CUCAGCUGGUUGGGGGCUCCCAGUCCCCGCGCGUUUCCACGGAGCGCGCUUCGCUCCAGCUCCCCAGCCGCGCGUAAUGACCACGGAGACCUCCGGGAGUUUUAAAAGAGGACGUCGCCUCCCAAGUCAACUCGGAUCGACCUUACGCCUUCCCUGGUGAUGAACUGAGGAGAUGGGGCUUAUGGAUUAUAGGAAAUAUAGCCUCCCGCGCUGUAGGACGGUGGAAGUAUUGACCCACAAAUGUUUCUGAAGAGCUGGGUUCAUUUGGAAUCCGCGGACCGCUUUGACGCUUAAACAGGGGAAGUAGUUGGAAAGGAUGGGACACCUGAUCAGUUAGAAAACCAUGCACUGUUUGUCUAAAUGGAGAGAUGGCAUACGUGCUCAUCUUCAGUCGACAUUUCCCUUUCUCACACCGGCUCAGAGGAACAUCAAUUUGUCUCCUGUCUCUUUUUAUUUCCUUUCUGUGCUACUGCGCGCUGUUCCCCGGCGCUGCUGUCAUGCAAAAGUCAGGUGAUCCGACGCCCAGCUGUCUGCAAGCCGAUGGAGUCAAACUGCGCCUUCAGAAAUCCCUCUCCUGUCUUCAUCCGCUGGACGCACGGAGGAGCAGCGCUGCCGGUGAGGCUCCUCAGCCGCAGACCGACCAAAGACGCCCCGCCGCCGCCGCCCUCACCGCCAGGGAUAACACCCCCAGCCCCCCGAUGAGCCACUUAAAGUUCGGCAAUAAAAAGUUACCGAACGCCAUCAUAGUUGGCGUGAAAAAGGGAGGAACGAGGGCGGUUCUGGAGUUCAUCAGGAUUCAUCCGGACGUCCGAGCGGCGGGGACCGAAACUCAUUUCUUUGACAGGAAUUAUGACAGAGGUCUGGAGUGGUACAGAGGUUUAAUGCCAAGGACCCUUGAAAGCCAAAUAACAAUGGAGAAGACGCCAAGCUACUUUGUGACCAAAGAGACUCCACACCGGAUCUCUGCCAUGUCCCAGGAGACUAAGCUCAUUGUGGUGGUGCGUGACCCCGUCACUCGAGCAAUAUCAGAUUACACGCAGACUUUAUCCAAAACCCCAGACCUGCCGAGCUUCCAGGACCUGGCCUUCAAAAACCAGAGCCUGGGCAUUGUGGACAUGUCCUGGAACGCCAUCCGCAUCGGCCUGUACGCCCUGCACCUGGAGAACUGGCUGCGCUACUUCCCUCUGGCUCAGAUUCACUUUGUCAGCGGGGAGCGUCUUAUCACGGACCCAGCCGGCGAGCUGGCCCGGGUGCAAGACUUCCUCGGGCUCAAGCGCAUCGUCACCGACAAACACUUCUAUUUCAACCGCACCAAGGGCUUUCCUUGCCUUAAGAAGCCGGAGAGUAGCGGCUCGCCUCGCUGCCUGGGCAAGUCCAAGGGCAGAACUCAUGUGCAGAUAGACAGAGACGCUAUUGAGCAACUGCGAGACUUCUACAGGCCUUACAACGUCAAGUUCUAUGAAAUGGUGGGGCAUGACUUUAGAUGGGAGUAGUUGUUUGGGACAUAUUUCUACAAGGGAACGGGACACAGCAGAUG